CAGCCCAUGCAAGUUGAAACAUCUCCAAAUAUUUGAAUGUUCCCUUCACGUUCUCAAAGGGCGCGUCCCAUCCGAACCCUUACUGGCAGCCUCUCCGGUAUUUGACAACAAAAAUUUGGUAGUUGUUGUUGUGGAAUGGCUUGGAAUGAAUUAUUUUAUUGUUCUUGUAGCGAGUGUGUGUGAUUUGGUUCUAAAAUAGUCAUGAGAUCUUAUUCCUUUUCUUUGAAUUUACAACAUUUCUCCUGUUCGGGACUGUCUAGAUCCCCGAAACGACACACCUCUGUCCUCGUAUCGUCUCGCCUCGCCUUCCUUUCAUCAUCUCAGUUUCGCGGCGUCGCUUCCAAUUUCUACUCUCCUCUCAAGCUACAGUUAAAACGAUCCCAAAAUGCACAAAAGCGACGUCGACGAUUCCGGCACCACGAUAAGUGUAGCGCCACCAAUGAUGAUGACUCGAUGGGAAUUUCUUCUUUUGAUGACUGGAUUGUUGACGAUUCGGUGGCAGCCUAUAUGUUUUCUUCAUCCAGUGAUGGGGAAUAUAGCGAUGGAGAAAUCGUGCUAAACCCUUUGGCCGAGGUGGAUUUGCCUCCUGUCUCAGGUGAUGAUUCUGUAUCCAUGCGGUCCUUGACUUCCUGUCGCUUUUCUUCGCUUGGAAGAGCCCAGAAGAAACACAGGAUAAACGUUGGGCUAUUGAACAACUUGGUUCUCAUAAUCUUCCUGACAUCCGUUCUUUUACUUGUUGAUUGGUGUGGCUGGAAAAUUGUGAGGCUACCCUUGUCACAAUUCUACUUGACCUCUCCAUUUUUCAUAUCUUUGGUCUUAGCAGCAUGUGCAGGUUACAUUUGUGUACCUUAUCUUAAGACUCUUGAGUUCCAUCAAAUAAUUAGGAAAGAAGGUCCUUCUAGACAUUCGAAAAAGCAGAGGACCCCAACUAUGGGCGGACUUUUCUUUCUACCAGUUGGUCUAUUUGUUUCGAAUUUUGCGACUGGUUUUUCUUCUGUUGAAGUUGCCGCAGCUGGAGCAGCAACCUUAGCAUUUGCUACAAUUGGACUACUUGAUGAUGCCUUGUGCGUCAUUAAGCAACACAGCAAUGGCUUAUCUCCAUGGUUGAGGCUAUUUUUGGAGGUUUCUGUUGGGAUUUGGUUUUCGUUUUGGUUGAAUGCUACAAAUUUGUCUUCGCCCUAUGGCAUGAAAAUGCUGGUUCCUCUACCUGCUCCACUGGGCCUUGUGUGCUUUGGAAAAGUUUACCUAUUGUUGACUUCAUUUUGUUUUGUUUCCAUGGGGAAUGGGGUUAACUUAACAGAUGGUCUUGAUGGUCUGGCUGGAGGGACUGCUGCAUUAGCCUUUAUUGGAAUGUCAAUUGCAGUGCUUCCAGUAUGCCCUGAGCUUGCUAUAUUUGGAGCAUCAAUGGCUGGGGCCUGUGUUGGUUUUCUUUUGCACAACCGAUACAAAGCAUCUGUGUUUAUGGGUGAUACUGGAUCCUUGGCCCUCGGUGGCGCAUUAGCUGCAAUGGCUGCUUGUACUGGAAUGUUCUUUCCCUUAUUCCUUUCAUCUGGUAUAUUUGUUAUCGAAGCAUCAUCUGUUAUUCUACAGGUGGUAUACUUUCGAACAACAAAGCGCUUGCAUGGAACUGGGCGCCGCUUGUUUAGAAUGGCACCUUUCCAUCAUCAUCUGGAAUUAGGCGGGGUCAAAGAACCUGUGAUUGUUGCUGGUGCAUAUGUUGUAUCCUGUGUGUUGGCUUUAUUUGCUGGUUAUGUGGGCCUUAUAUCGGCAUAAUAUCUGUCAUCAUUUUCAUUCAUCUCGAUUUUGUUCCCUUAGUUAGAGUCAUAAAAGGUGUUCUCAUUUCCCGAAUAUUUCUAGAACUUACAUUUGGUCCCGUUUUAUGGUGUUACUUGGACCUAGGUAUUAGUGCCGGAUAUGGAUGACGGUAUGUUCAUUUUUUUUUUUUUAAGAUUUCUUCAUGUAUUUGGAAAGUCAUAUUUCCAUAUACAUGUUCAAGUACGUGUUGGACACAAUUGUCAGGCACGUAUGUCAGAACAAUAAAGAGUUAGAGCAACGUAGCCAUAGUGGUUUAGAAGAAAAGACAUGGAAAAGGUAGGAAUUGAUGCAUGCAAGUUCAAGUUGAAGUUCAACCCUGUGAAGCUGAUUGUAACAUGAGCCUUAGACUGUGAUCCUUAACCUAGGAUGAAUCAGAGUUUACAGUUCUAUAAGUUUUUUGGGUUCAUGUAAUUGAAGCCAUUUGUCUUCUUUUUUUUUUUUUUAUUAUAAA